ACACCCGCCGUUUGUUGUGAAGCGGCGGGCUUAAUAGAAAGAUACCGAUGGCUGCAGACAUACGUUCCUGGGCUCAGAGACAGAUUGAACAUGGGAUGGAAACGCAAGUCUUCUUCUCCAGAACCACAACCAAAUCUUGUCAAACUACCAAAGAGGGAAUCCCUCAGCAGAUCUCCUAGCUCAUGGAAGAGGAAGGCCUCUACACCCAGUAAAACAAAGAGCUGGACCUCCAUUCAGUCCCUUUCUCCAGACAGGCAUGUUGAUCAGUGCAAUGGCCAGGAGAAGAUGUCCAGCGCAGGUCAUGUUGAAGAUGACAGUGACUGUAUCCAGUCCUCUACUCCAGUUUCAUCCCCUUUGCGGUCAGAAGAGGAUGCGGAGCUGGGUCUGGUCAUCACUGUGGAUGAGGACAGAUGUGAAGGGGAGGAAUGGCUGAAGAAACGGAAUGGAGUGAAUAUAAAGAAGAAUGGAAUAAAUCAGACAGAAGGAGAGAUCCCUCAGAAAGAGGAUGGAGAUGUGGAGAAGACUAUGGAACAGCUAAGUGAAGAAGAUGAGAAUGAGGAAGAGCUCAGGAAGCUGGACAGAGAUUUAACACUCAAAUCUAAAAAACUCAACCUCUCCUCUAUCAAUGUUCGUAACAUCAUCCAUGAGGUGGUAACCAAUGAGCAUGUUGUGGCCAUGAUGAAAGCUGCCAUAAAAGAGACACAAGACAUGCCCAUGUUUGAGCCUAAAAUGACUCGUUCUAAGCUGAAGGAAGCUGUUGAAAAAGGGGUGGGCAUGGGAAACUGGAACAUCUCACCAAUAAAGAAGGCAAAUGACAUUAAGCCACCUCAAUUUGUGGACAUUCCACUGCAAGAAGAGGAGGACUCCUCAGAUGAAGAGUAUUGUCCUGAUGAAGACGAGGAAGAUGAAACAGCUGAGGAGACGUUUUUGGAGAGUGAUGUGGAAAGCACAUCCUCCUCACCCCGCGGCAUCAGACGUUUUCCUUCUCAAACGCCUCCCCAUUGUGAUGAUGCCAGCAACAGCCCCAGACUGAAGCCCAGGCUGGCCCGGCACUUGAGGGUCGAGGCAGUGCCUAUGGGUCCCCCUGCCCCUCCUCCUCAAUCCUGUGGCCUUUCACGCUCUCUUAAGACCCUGGACCCCUUCAUCGAGAAACUCCAUGCUGUGGAUAAAGAACUUGAACUAAGUCCUCUCUGCAUGGAGCCUUAUCAGGCUCUCAGUAGUGGUGGAGCAGGGGAGCCAGACGACAGUCUAGUAGCUUGUCGAACUCGGUCUAAGCGUCCAUUGCGGGACGUCCCUCUUGAUCAGCUGGAGGCCGAGCUCCGUGCGCCAGACAUCACGCCAGAUAUGUAUGAUAAUGUCUCCACACCAGAGGACCGUGAAUGGACCCAGUGGCUGCAAGGACUCAUGACAUCUCAUCUGGACAACGACGAAGAAGCUGAUGAAGAUGACGACCCCGAAUAUAACUUCUUAGAUGAUUUAGAUGAGCCAGAUUUGGAGGAUUAUCGAAAUGAUCGUGCUGUUCGUAUUACAAAGAAGGAAGUCAAUGAGCUCAUGGAAGAGCUGUUUGAGACGUUUCAUGAUGAGUUGGCAGCCAAUGAACCAGAUGACGAAGGUCAUGAUGAAGAUGAGGAGCGUGAAGAGGAGGCUAAUGACACUCCACAAUUCAAUGUCCCUCAAGCUAUUAGGUUUGAGGAGCCGCUGGCUCACAUGUUGACAGCAUGCAGGCGGACAGUUAGAGAGCAGCUGGAUGCUUUACAGCAGCGGCGAGAAAACCAGGUCCGGACUACCCAGCAUGCAUCUGGGCCUGGCAUGGUUUUUGUGCAGCCCAGCUGCCCUCUAGUUGUCACACCUGCACAGAGGAUACAGCUGCAACAGCAAAUACAGCAACAUGUCCAAUUACUGACCCAGGUCAGUAUGCUGUGUGACCCAGUGGGGGCACUACAAACUGAAGCUCAAACCACCAAACAUUUCUUGGGGGAGUUGCUGUCAUUUGCAGAGCGGGCUGAGGAGGAAAGAUCAGCAGUGAAUCUGGGUUUUAAAAGUGUAUUUAGGGUGUGUAAUUUGCUUUCGUCCAUCAACUUGUUGGAGGAGGUUAAGCAAAGUCCUUCUCUUUCGUGUCUUCCUCCCAAACCCAACCGGCAUCACUCAGUUCAUUCGUACCCUUUGCUUCCUGCUGGACUUGCAUGGUUGUUCGCCACCCGCUCUGUCUUUCUGUACCCAGAACUUCUUCCACAUUGCAGUCUGGAUCCAGCCCUGCAUCCUUCCCGCAGCAAACAUUAUUACAGCAAAGGAGAAGACGGUUUGUUAGUCCUGGGUUUAAAGCACUUCGCACAAACAGAGUUCCCAUAUCAACUGAUUAGCCGAUAUCUGAUUCGGCCCAAGCGUCAGGAGCAACUGCGUAUGCGAGUAAAGGACAUGGUAUCCCCCAAAUACCCACACAAUAUCAUCAAGUAUUACUGCCAGAAUCAUGUGGUUCCUCCUUUGCCGGUGGUGUGCAAACCUGUGGUGCAUGGAGAGGAGCGCCCUCCUGUGGAGAGAGAACAGGAAGUCAUGCCCAACUGGCUAAAGAAAAGCUUACCAUUGAUCCAGAAGUCAAUUUGCCAGAGCGAUUUAACGAUGACUUCCACCACGAAAUCUGCUAGCCUUCCUUUCCCUAAAGAAACACGCUACCCACAGUUCCUCCCUAAAGGUCUCUCUCUGCGUUUGCACCCAUCACAAGUGGCAAGUCGCCCUUCCCAGCCCAAAUCUCGAAUUCUGCGUGCUUUUACUAACCGUACACUCGCACCGUUAGCUAAAGCUCCAUCGUGUCCCACAGGUACAGGACAUUUACUGACCAAUAUCUCCACACCAGUACUAUUACUAGCCCAAGCGCCUAGCACUCCUAUAAAUGGGGUAUUUCCAUUAGUCCAUCCCUCUUUGACCCCAGCCCAUGGGACAGUCCCACUAAACGCUUCCUAUCCUAUUAACUUCCAUUAUCUUUCUCCAGAAUUGGGUGCAAGUAAUCCAGCACACCUUCCUGCGAAUUUACCCCCCUCGGUAGUUCAGAAACCCCAAUGUGACGUCCCUCUACUUAGUACUGGGACAGUCAAGACCCAUGGCGUGCAGCAACAGACAUCAGACAAACACAAGAAGCGUACCAUGCCUAGAAAACUGGCCCCUUUGAGACCAGCCCCUCAGCUGCCCCGACUGCUGCCCCUUUCUUCUGGGAGUAUUGGAAACAUAAGCAACCCUGGCAUCAUUAUAGAUCAGCAAAUAUCCUUGAAUGUCCCACACAACCUUCAAUCAGAUAACGUUAUAGUUAUCAAAGCCCAUGAAAAUGUCAACACACACAGAACGGUCCCUUCUCUGUCUCCGGAUCUGGUUGUACAGUUAGUUCCUCAAACACAGGUUGCUGAAAACACCACAAGUUCCCUCCCUAGAAAGACAACACCGAGAUCAGACGUUUCACAAACUGCAAAAGACAUCCCUUCAGUUCAAUCCAGUGGCGAGAAUGGUCAAAGGACUGUAUUUUCUCCUCAGACCGCAGCACCAGCUGCAGUGGACAGUUCUCAGUUUGUGCUGGUUCAGACUGUUUCUCCUACUGGGCCUCCUCAAUUCCUACUUCUGCCCCAGGACUCCCUUGUCCUGAACCAACCUGCUUCACUUCCUUCUGAAGGCACAUUGCAAAAUCUUUCGCAGCAGACCUCUCAUUUAGACAUUUCUACUACCUCAACAGCCCUGAAGAACUCAGAGAAGACUGAGGUACAUUUGAACAACCCAACCACAUCAUUGCCAGUUAGCAGAGAGGAAGAUGGAGAAAGACAGGAGGUGGAUGAGGAAAUGGUUGGAGACAGAUGGGAAGAGGAGAUGGCCAGUGCUUUGUUUGGUAGUCCUCUUUUGGCGCUUUCUGAGUCCUCCUGCAGUCCUGACUCCAGCCCAGAUGCAAGUAUGGACAGUGGCAGUGAUGCCAUGGUGAGGGUGGAGAUGGAAGAUGGAGAGCUUCCUUCUGUACACUCAGCCUCCGCAACACAGGAAACACCGGAUGUGCACAAACACAGCAGCGGAGAUGAGAAAGAGCAACAGUCCAGUGGAGGAGAGAAGCAGAACAGUGGGAAUGAGGAGGGACGGGCUGAGGAGAGCGAGAGUAGGAAAGAUGAAGCGCAGGAUGAAGAUAAAGGAGGAGAAAAGAACGAGGAUGGAGAAGGGGACGGAAAACGGGACGAGGGUGGAAGUGGUGAUAAAGGAAGGGAGGAGAAGGAUGGAGAUGGAGAGAAAGAUGGAGAUGGAGAGCGAGAUGAGGAAGAGGAGGAUUUCGAUGACCUCACACAGGAUGAAGAUGAGGAGGAAGUGAUGUCAUCGGCAUCUGAGGAAUCCGUGCUGUCUGUUCCAGAACUUCAGGAGACGAUGGAGAAGUUGACCUGGCUGGCAUCAGAGAGGAGACUGUGCAGAGAGGGUGACUCAGAGGAGGACAAUUCACCCACGUCCCCAACAUCCCCGACUUCCCCCAACUCCCAGAACUCCCCAGCAUCGCAGAAUUCUCAGGAAGAGAACUCGGAGGAUGAGGAUGAUGGGGCGAUGAAGGGUGAUGAGCUGGAAGCAGGGGAGGGAGAAGGCGAAAAGCUUCCUGAGGGGGACGCCCCAGCGGGUGAUGAUCCUCCACAGAUCAGCGAGAAAGUAGGAGGCCGUGGAAGAGGUCGUGGUCGCCCUCCUCCGCGCAGUUUAAAACGUGGGCGACGUCAGGAACGAGGCAGUAAAGAUGCCUCAAAGCUGCUCCUGCUGUAUGAUGACCACAUCUUGGAUAAUGACCCAAUGAGAGAAAGCAAAGACAUGGCUUACGCACAGGCUUAUCUCAACAGGGUACGUGAGGCUUUACAAGAUGUCCCAGGAAAAGUGGAGGAGUUUUUAGGUCUGCUUUAUGAGUUUGACCAAGCCGGAGAGAGCCACAGUGUUAUAGAGUUGUUUGCCCAGCUUAAACAGCUGCUCAAGGACUGGCCUGAGCUGCUCAAGGACUUUGCUGCUUUCCUUUUGCCCGAACAAGCGCUGGAGUGUGGACUGUUUGAGGAGCAGCAGGCCUUUGAGAGGAGUCGGCGGUUUCUGCGUCAGCUGGAGAUCAGUUUUGGGGAAAAUCCUUCUCAUUAUCAGAAGAUUGUCAGAGCCCUGCAGAGUGGAAGUCCUCUCAGUCCUGCUGGCAUUGAAGAGCUGAAAACACAGAUGGCCACUCUUCUGAAGGGUCACACACACCUUCAGGGAGAGUUUUGGAUGUUUUUUGAUGAGAUGCGUCCACCACCAGCACGUCCAGGCCAGUUUGAAGAGGCUGUUUGGCCAGAGGAUGUGGCCACUGGGACAGAUGGAGAAGCAGGCGUGAGUGUGACCUCUAGAGGAGGUGUAUGGGGAGGAUUUGAGGAGGUCACGCUCCCCGAUCUGGAUGAGGAUGAAGAGUCACACAAGAUCAGACAGAUAAGCAGCAGAAGCAAGAGGAGAAAAGAACUGCACACAUACAAGGACUGUGAUUGGCCUGAGAAAGAUUGUUCCUGUUCCUGUCAUGACUCCGUUCAUGAUGCCAAACAUCGAAGGCAUAAGAGAAAAGGAUGCUUGCGUUGUCAGAGCAACAAGGCUGCUAAUGGCUCAAAGGUGCUGAAGGGUCGUGAUUCAGCAUUUUCAUCUGCCGAUGCACAGUCUGAAAGAGGAGGAGAGGAAAAGGAAGAGGAAAGAGUGCUGGGAGAGGAUGGAGAGGCAGAGAAAGAGCUUAAAGACGAGACUGGCAGUGGAGCUAACAGUCCACAUCAUGAUGGGGAAGGGUCUGUGUGGGAGAGAGAAGAGAGAGCCACUUCCUCCAUUCCAGAGGAGCAAAACACACAUAACCAAGAUGAUGAAGAAAAAACUGAAGAGAAGAACCACCAUGCGUCACCAGAGAAGCACAGCCGAGAUGAAGAGGAUUCAGCUGAAUCUGGACAGACAGAAGCCGCUCAGCAGAGCUCACUGAGCCCAGCCUUAGACGCACCCGUGUGUGCCAAAAACAUCUCCCUCACACCCACUGGAGAGAGAGUCAUCCUGUGGACCAGGGAGGCUGAUCGAGUGAUCCUUACCACCUGUCAGCAGCAAGGAGCCAGUCAGAGCACAUUCCAGGCCGUGUCCGAGCAGCUUGGCAACAAAACAGCCAGCGAGGUUUCAAGGAGAUUUCGGGAUUUAAUGCGUCUGUUCCACACGUCAGCUUCUCAGGCCAGUUCAGAGGACGAGGCUGCAGAGCAGCAGUCGGCCACUGAUGAAGAGCAGGACUGAACCCUGCCUUCUGACUGCUUCAUUAAAAAAUACUUAUGCAGUUCUUCUUACACUGACACCUGCCAAAGAUGUGUUUUAAGCAUGGUGGAAAAAAAGGUUCUGUUGGCCUCCUUUUAACAUGUGAAGUAUAAAUCCAUCAUAUGAAGGUGCUAUCCGUCACGUUCUAAACACAAAACCAACAUAAUUAUUGAAGAAAUGUAGCACAAACUGCUCCAUUUUAUCCCUGAUUAUUGUAUUGUAAUUGGACAAAUGACAGGCUCUCACUUAGCACAAAAUGAGAUGUUUGAUAGCAGAGAAAUUGUAGAGCACUAACCAGCAUAUUCUCACCUCCAUGGUUUCUGACAGGUUGAUUGUAUAUUCUGUGAAUAUGUGAACAUAUGGCAUGUACAGUAUUUUUAUAUCAGGGUGGUUUUGUUGUUUUUAUUUUGCUUCAGAUGUUAGUUUUGAGAAUGGCGCACAGUUGUUGGUAAUCCAAAUAAUAAAAUGACUAUUUAUACC